AUGGCAGACCGGCCGCCGGAAUUCACUGGGCAAUUUCCCUCGUCUUUUGACGACGAGGAGGCCUACAAUGAGAAGCCUAUGCAUAAAAUCAAGCGCAAGCUCAAGGAGGAGCCUCUUGUGCCUCUUGGAAUCGGUCUGACCGUCUUCGCCUUCGUCAAUGCCUACCGCGCCCUCCGGAAAGGCGAUUCCAGACAAGCAAACAAGAUGUUCCGCGCCCGUAUCGCCGCCCAGGGCUUCACCGUCGUCGCCAUGGUCGCCGGAAGCAUGUACUACAGCAAGGACCGUGAAAAGACCAAGGAGCUGCGCAAGCUCAAGGACGAGCGAGAUGCGGAGGAGAAGCGCCAGAAAUGGAUCCGAGAGCUUGAAGCUCGUGACGAGGAAGACAAGGCCAUGAGGGCGCUGAUUCAAAAGAAACAAUCCAAUCUUGCGACAAGCCAGUCAGAUUCGGCCUCCAGCGGAGAGGAGACGCAAGGCACCGGCGGGAUCCUGGGCAAGAUGGGGCUGUGGCCAAAGGGCGAGAAGGCUGCGGCGGAGGCCGCAAAGGCUGAAGCGGCUGUAGAACCUACAUCGGAGAAGAAGUCGAGAAGAGAGAACCCAAAGAGCUCUCUUGGCGCGCUGAGUGAAAUCUACGGUAAGAAAGACGAUGAAUCCAAGAAAUAA